GAUGUGUAUUCGUUCCGUGUCUAAAACUGUGUGAACACCGUGAAUUAAAUGACACGACAUAUACAAAUAUGAUUUACAUCUCAGCCAGACAUAGAAACUAAUAAUAUAAAUCGUAGUAUCAAAUCGGGUACGCAUGCUCAGUGCUGCCUUUGUGUGCCUCGCUUCUCGGCUAGGUGGGCUAGCCUCAAGCAAGCAUCAGAAGGCACGAGUGUUACUAGCAGGGUUAGCUGUGUAGCUAAUCAUGGUGAGUGUAAAGAAGCGGAAAGGUCGAGUCGUGAUCGACUCCGAAUCCGAAGACAGCGCCAGUGAUGAUAAUUUAGACCAGGAGUUAUUGUCUUUGGCGAAGAGGAAGAGGGUUGAUUCCGGUGAGCAGGAAGAGCCUGUUAGCAAACCAGCAGCUUCCACAGAUUCAGAGACAUCUGACAGCGACGAUGAGUGGACUGUGGGCGGCACAAAAGGCAAAAAGAAGGUUAAACAAGGGAAAGGGUCUGAAAAGAAGAACGCUACGAAGAAGAAGGUUAAUAAAACGACGGCGUCCGGCAGCUCAGAUGGAGACAGCUCAGCUGAGAGCUCUGCACCGGAGGAGGGCGAGGUGUCGGAUUCAGAGAGCAACAGCUCGUCCUCCAGCUCCGACUCGGACUCGUCCGAGGACGACGUGUUCAGGGACGGCUACGACGACGACCUGAUGGGCGACGCCGAGGACCGAGCUCGUCUGGAGCAGAUGACGGAGAAGGAGAGGGAACAGGAGCUGUUCAACAGAAUUGAGAAGAGAGAGGUGCUAAAGAGACGGUUUGAAAUUAAGAAGAAGCUGAGGACGGCAAAGAAGAAAGAGAAGGAGGAGAAGAAGAAGAAGCAGGAGGAAGAGCAAGAAAAAAGGAAACUAUCUCAGGUUCAAGACGCACAAGUGGUCAUGUCACACAACAAGGAGAGACGAUCCAAACGCGACGAGAAACUCGACAAAAAAUCCCAGGCCAUGGAAGAACUGAAGGCUGAACGUGAGAAGAAGAAAAACAAAACAGCGGAGCUCCUGGCUAAACGUCAGCCCCUGAAGACGAGCGAGGUUUACUCCGACGACGAGGAAGAAGAGGAGGAAGACGACGACAAGUCAUCGGUGAAAAGUGAUCGAAGUUCGCGUUCUUCGUCGUACGAUGACGACGAAAAAGAAGAGACUCCACCGAAGUCGCAGCCCGUUUCUCUACCGGAUGAGCUCAACAGGAUCCGUCUGUCCAGACACAAGCUGGAGCGCUGGUGCCACAUGCCCUUCUUCGCCAAGACGGUGACCGGCUGCUUCGUGAGGAUAGGGAUCGGCAACAGCAGCAGUAAACCGGUCUACAGGGUUGCUGAGAUUGUGGAUGUAGUAGAGACAGCGAAGGUUUACCAGCUUGGAUCAACGCGAACAAACAAGGGAUUACAAUUAAGACAUGGUGGCGACACGCGGGUUUUCAGACUCGAGUUUGUAUCAAAUCAAGAGUUCACAGAAAGUGAAUUCAUGAAGUGGAAAGAGGCGAUGAUGGUCGCCAGCAUGCAGGUACCGACUCUCGACGAAAUCACCAAGAAGGAGCAGUCCAUCAAAGAAGCUCUGAACUACAAGUUCAACGACAAAGACAUUGAAGAUAUCGUUAAAGAAAAGGACAGAUUCAGAAAAGCGCCACCCAACUACGCCAUGAAGAAAACACAGCUACUCAAAGACAAGGCCAUGGCAGAAGAAAGUGGAGACGGUGAGAAAGUAAAAGUUAUCCAGGACGAACUGAAUGAGCUGGAAGAACGAGCCGAAGCUCUGGACAGACAGAGGACAAAGAACAUCUCUGCCAUCAGCUACAUUAACCAGAGGAACAGAAGCUGGAACAUUGUUGAGUCUGAGAAAGCUCUUGUGGCAGAAGGAUUAAACGCAAAAAACCAACAGAUGGACCCGUUCACACGGAGGCAGUGCAAACCCACCAUGGUGUCAAAUGCCAGAGACCCGUCAGUCCACGCAGCUAUUCUCGCACACCUGAACCAGAAGUACGGCUCUGGGUCCGGAGCAGAUCCCUCUGGCGGAGAGAAGAACAAACUGGGCCAAGCAAACCCAAAAGAUAAAGAUGUUCCCAAGCCAACCACUGACCUCUCAGAAGACUUGUUUAAAGUUCACGAUUUUGACGUCAAGAUCGACCUUCAGGUUCCCAAUGCAGAAGCAAAGUCCCUGUCCGUGAGCUCUAAUGCACUGCCGGUGAAGGACGGCGCCCCCCGCAGGUCCCUCAACCUGGAGGACUACAAGAAGAGGAGGGGGCUGAUCUGAGGGGCCCUCGUCCAGAAAACACAUUGCAUGUGUAAUUGUUUCUGCUGGAGAAAGAGAGAGAGAGAGAGAGAGAGAAUGUCUGUGUGUGUGUGUGAGAGAGAGAGAGUGAAUGAUUCCUGGAGAAUGUGUGUGUGAAUGUUCAUACGAAAAAACUGUUCAUCCCAACAGAGGAAAUACUGAUCGAUCAAAGACAAAACAUUUCCUCAGAGGAUGAUCUCCAUCGGAAGAAUCUUGUUCAGAUAACUGUUAUUUUGUUAUUUUUGCAUUAUCACAGACAAACUCGUACACAGAGUUGGGUGUUUUUAUGUAUUUAACUUUUCUCCCCACUCUUUCGGAGCUUCUGGAGUCCACUCCUUUUUCUUUUUUCUUUUUUCUUUUUUUUUUUGUUGUUGGGUCUUUUUUUCUCCAAAAAAAAAGGACAUCACGUUUGUGGAUUAUUACCCUGAAAAAGGACACUAUCUUAGAAGACAUUAAGGGAUUUUGAAAUUACUGGACAUCUAAUGGAGUUUACCAGCCUGCCCUCAUCAAGAAUGAAUAAAUGUUGUAAAUCUUUUUUCUCCUUAUAAAUGUACAAUUAUCUGCCCUUGCCCCUGAAUUUGAACAGUCUUGUGGUUUUUUUGGCAGAGUGUAGAGGAUCAUCGUCUCAGACUCUUCCGUGGCGUCGGCCAUUAAUGACAAAUGUGAAAGAAGUUCCUUACGUGUCAGCUGGACUUUGAUCACUUUUUAAGUCUUUGAAACAACCCAAUUUAGAGGAACUCUUUUCUAUAAAUGGGCCCGGUCUGGCCUGAACGUGUAUAAAAGUAUAAAAGCUUCAUUUAUCUUCUCUCUUGGUUGGUUGUUCAUGGGACAGUCUCCUCUGCCCUAAACUCCCAGAGCAGAUUCUACGUGUUAUUGAUUGUGUCCAUAGUCAGUUCCUGUAUUGAUGUGGCAUGCCAUGUAAAUAUGCAUUUUCGAGUGAGUGCGGAAAAAAAUAAAGAGGCACUGUUUCAUAA